AAGAACGGGUUGUGUAUGGGCGGCAUUUCGAGCGAUACGUGAGUUGCGGUAUGUGAGCAUCUUAAACGCGAGGUUCGAACGAUACAUUUCCAUUGUAUGUUAAAUCAUCAAUGAUUGGCGAUAGUGUGACAACUUAAUCUAAUCAUCCGGUCAAAAGAUAGCGAGUAUACAUUCAAAAAUUAUGCAUCGACAGCACUAAAGGCGCUUGAUAUAAUCGAAAGUUUAUAAUGGAAGAUUUCAAAGGUUCCGUGCAGCGGCACACUAGCUUGAUGGACUAACUACAUAUCAACACGAGUAUUGUUUGUUUAGAUGCAACCAGACGGGUGUUUACUUGGCUAGAAAUCAAAAUAACGCUCAACUUUUCCUCAGAAUUUUCAUUCAAUUUUCACCAAUUUACGCCUCUAAUGGAAGAGGAAGUCUACAUUUCAGUCGUGCAUGUUGUUUUGGAAGAGACUGAGGCAAGUUCUUUUGCUAAUUCCUUUAAAAAAGUGGGAAAAAUAUUCAAAUAGUGUGUUGGAGAUACUGGAAACAAGCGUUGUUCGAAAUUUUCGUGUUUUAUGAGUGCCGUUUUCACAUAUUUGUGUUAAACUAGUUUAUGACUUUCGACGAGUUCUUUUGGUGUUUCGCAAAAAGAUAGAAUCAACCUUCAAUGACAUAAUGUUCUCAAAGAAUAUUUCAUUGUGAAACUAUUGUCAGUUUUGAUAAACUUGUUGCUACAGUGCGCGGCAUUUGAUCAAAUCUAGUUUAACUACGAAAUAAAGAUGGGUGUGCUGUACGAAUGAGAACAUUCUGAAUCAAGUUCGAUUGGAUGACAGAAUUAAGACCUUGCACAAAACAUUCGGCAUUACUCGAGAAAACGCUGCAAUAUGCAACACACACAAAUAUAGUGCCAAAACAGACAUACGAAUAUAUUUACACGUUAUCAAUAUGUAAAUGGAAUUCUCUCCAAAUAAAAAUCGUUUUGCAAUGUUACGAAAGCGACGAAGCUCACGGCUGAGCCAAUUCACUAGCACGGUGCCUUUAUUCGUCGCAUCUGAAACCCUCUCGCAAUUUAAUUUAUCUAAUCAGAAACGAAAUCAUGAGCAAGUAGUGAUAAGAAAGUGCGGCCCCGACAAGAGACGUUAUGAAAAGAGCUAUCGUUAGUGCCUUGCGGUUGAACCUACGGAAGUUUUCACACCUUCACAAUUGUUUAUAACAAUUGGAAUUGAUAGUGUACGAAGCGAAUUACCCAGAAAAAUGUAACUCAAUCUUAUAAAUGAAGCCCAAUGAAUAUUAAUUAAAAAGUGUUGAACCGUGUAAUCAAAUUGCAAAGUUCAAAGUCGCACUUUGCGUUUCCGUUCAAAGAUCGUGAUAACAAAUAGAUAAAAGUGAAUAAUUAUGAGUGCCAAAUACGUUAAGAUACUUUUCGGAUUUUGCUUUUUCACAAGCUCGUGGCAGGCGUAUGCCCAUCCAGACGGGGAAAAUAUGGCCAUUUGCAUAUAUCAUGAUACUAAAUACACCUGCGAUUGUGCAUAUUCAAACGAACCAAUCGAGUUACCGAUAAUGGAUGGCAAUGUCUUCCACGUUUCUAUUGCAAACUGUAACAAUGUUGUCAUCGUUUCCAACUUUCUGGUUAAUACAUAUGGCCUGAGAAGUAUUAGCUUUACGAAUUUACGGAAUUUGACAUUGCAACAAAGUGCACUGUCCUUCCCGCAGUUGCUCAGUAGUACAAGGCUUAUCAUCGAUUUCAACAAUGUUACCAUUAAGGAGAUACAGUCACAUGCGUUCAAUGGAAAUAUCGACGAAAUCACCUUCACUUCCACCCAAAUUGAUCUCAUUCGACCAUUUGCUUUCACUGCAUUUAGAGAUAAGGCAUAUUUUAUUAAAUUUAUUGAUACAGUAUUUAAACUGGUGGAGCCUCAGGCAUUCAAAAAAUUCAGUGUCACCAAGUUGGAAAUAACCGACUCAUUGUUCAUAAACCCGCUUCCUACUCGAACUUUCUACGACGUCGAAGUUGUGGAAAAUUUGUCCAUCGGAAACACAACUUUCAAUGGAGCCUUUUCCAGGGCUUUUUCAUUCAGCGCUGUAUCCAUGCUGGCGUUCACACACAACCAGGUGGAAAAGUUCGAAGGAGAAUGUUUCGAGAUAAAAAUCAGGGAUAGCGUGGCGGUUCGGAACAACACGUUCACGCAAAUUCAUCCCGCAAUUUUUCGAGAAAUCGAAGUCACGCCUGAUUCCAUGCAGCGUAGCGAAAAACCAGAAUUCCGUCUAAUUGAAAACAUAAUCCAUCAAACUGGUGAUCCAGUUCCUAUAUAUAUAAGUGGAAAUUUCCAAUUAGUUCUAGGCAAGCUUUACUUCUCAACAAUUGUUAAUUGUGAUCAAAUUCGUAAGAUAAGUAAUUUAGCAUUUUUCAAGAGCCAUGAAGAUUUCAUAUAUUUAAGAUUCAGUGAAAAUGGUAAUUAUUUAACAUACAAUCAGAUGCUAAAUAUAGAAUGCAAGCAUAGUUCCAAUUGGUUGUAUGUGGCUAUUGGAGUUAGUUGCUUGCUCCUGCUCGCUGUUAUUGUGGCCGGAAUUGUGUUCUAUUUUGUCAGGAAAAAGCAAAAGAAUAAACUAGAUAUUAUUAUGCCAGAGCCAAAAACUUAUCGCGAAACACAAAUUAUUUUACAAAUUGAAAAUGCCGGGUUACUAAAGACUGAUAUGUGAAGCAGAUGGGGAGCAUGUGCUAGUAUAUAAGUGCAUUGUAUUAUUUAAAAGAGAAAUAAUAUAUAUGGAAAUUUAUAAAGACGA